AUGAACUCUGUGUCACUAGUUCUCUUGGCAGCUGCCUUGGCAAACGCUGCGCCAGCCACUACGGAUAAGCAACAAACUUUUGCAGAUGUGUCGAAAAUUGGCACCCAAGAAGACAUUUUCCCAUACUUGGCAGGUUCUGCUCCACACUUUUCGUACCCGCUGAGCUACGGGGUGUCCAAAGAAGUCCCUGAUCAAUGUGUCCUCCAACAAGUGCAAUUGUUCGCUAGACACGGCGAAAGAUACCCAACUAACAACACAGGCGCGUCCCUCACCACCCUGUACAAGAAACUGAAUAACUACUCGUCCAAGUUUUCAGGUGCUCUAGAGUUUCUGGACGAUGACUACGAAUUCUUCUUGCCAGACCCAAGCAAUUUCGAAGAAUUGACCACCUGGAACAACAUUUUGGAUCCUAUAAACCCAUACGUCGGCGAGUGGGAUGCACAAAAACACGGUCGUGAGUUCUUCCAGCAGUACGGCGAGCUUCUAAAAAACAAGACCUCCUUUCCUAUCUUUACAUCCAACUCCAAGAGAGUUCACGACACCGCCAAAUUCUUCGGUGAUGCUCUGGGAGACAAAUUCAACAUUAGCUACCAAAUCAUCGAUGAGGAUCCCUCCAUGGGAGCAAACUCAUUGACUACUUUGAAUUCGUGUGCCACCUACAACAAAACCGCCAAAGCAGACGUGUACUCCAAGUUCACCACCAAAUACCUAUCUGAUAUCGCUAACAGAUUGAACACUGAAAACAAAGGCCUAAACUUGUCCAAAUCCGAAGCCAAUAGUCUAUUCGCCUGGUGCGCUUACGAAAUAAACGUCAAGGGCUACAGUAACAUGUGCGAUGUUUUUACCGACGAGGAAUUGACCUACUACGCGUACAACGAUGACAUGACGAGCUACUACUAUCACGGUCCUGGUAACCCAUUAGGUAUCACUGUCGGUGGUGUCAACUUCAACGCUUCCGUGGAGCUUUUGAAACAGCACAAAGAAUUGGACAACAAGGUGUGGUUGAGUUUCACUCACGACACUAACGUCGUCAACAUCCUAGCUGCUAUCGGUAUUUUCGACCCUGGGCACCCUAUGCCUGCAGAGUACAUUGCCAUUAAAGAUCACAUUUACCACAAGUCUUGGAUGGUUCCUCAAGGUGCUAGAGUCUACACUCAGCUGUAUCAAUGCUCCAACCAAACCUACGUCAGGUACGUGGUGAACGACGCUGUGAUUCCAAUUGAGAAGUGCUCUUCCGGUCCAGGUUUGUCUUGUGAAUUGAGCAAGUUUGUUGACUACGCUGAGUCCAGAUUGAACGGUACUGAUUACGUUUCUUCUUGUAAGACCAACACUACCAGCAACCAAACCUCGUUAACUUUCUACUGGGACUACCAACAGAAGCAUUAUGAUGCUCCUUUGGGCUUGUUCUGA